UUUAGUUGGCCAAAUCGCCAACAUAUUUUUAUAAUUAAACCCAAACAGAAAUAAGAGAAAGAAAAAAAAAAUCUCUCAAAAACAAAGAAACAGAGAGACUUCCAAUUCUCUCUGUUCUUAGAGAGAAAAGGAAAAAUGAAAGACAAAAAGGAAGAGAGAAAAUCAAAGCAAUUCAAAGGGAUAAGGAUGAGAAAAUGGGGAAAAUGGGUUGCCGAAAUUCGAGAACCCAAUAAACGCUCUCGAAUUUGGCUGGGUUCUUAUUCCUCCCCCGUGGCUGCCGCCCGUGCUUACGACGCCGCCGUCUUCCACCUCCGUGGCCCCACCGCUCGCCUUAAUUUCCCUGACUUUUUAACCACCACCGUUGACCGUGGUUCCUUCCCUCUCUCCGCCGCUGCUGUCCGCAAGAUCGCUGCCGAAGUCGGCGCUCAGGUCGACGCCCUUGAGUCGUCGUCUCUCCCUCAUUCUUCCGUCCAAAGUUGUUCUCUCAACCCCACGAAGCUUCGUUGCUGUUCUUCUUGUUCAAGUGGGUUUUCCGAUCGGGUGGACUUGAAUAAAUUUCCUGACCCGGAAGAUUCCGAUGGCGACUGCGUUAGUACUCAUUGGACAAGCUGACAAUUUUCCAUAGGUUUAUUUUUCGAUCAAAUAUCAAUUUUAGUUUCUUAAAACGUUUAAUUAUGGUCUAAUUUUAGCUUUGCAGUACUCUCCAUAAAUCUAAAUCCAAAACGUAACCUUCCAUAGUUUAA